UUCUCACAUCCGAUCGUCUCAAACCAAUCGUAUUGCAGACAUACAAAGUUCCGGUAUACGCAGACAACCAUUUCAUUUCUGGGUCAGAGUUCGUAUACGUUUCACUCUAACCUGGGUAUUAGGUGUUUGUUUUUAUGCCCAAAAGACGUGAAGAGUUCUGACUUAGUGAUUCGUUUCAGUAUCUGGAGUUUAGUGGUCCAUCAUUUGUAGCAGGCCGGUAAAAAAUCUGAACCUUGUGCAUUUGGAGUUGAAGAUAACUUGGAAGGUGUUCUUCCCUAGCAUCUUCGGUGUUCACCCCUUCAUCUAUCUGCUUUUUUUGGUUUUUACCUCAAAUGUUAAUGGCCUUUACUUUGUUAGGUCAUAAAUGGGCAAGAAAAGAUAAGUUGCUUCUGUUGGAUUAUAUAUUCAAAAGAUUGAUUACAAAUAACACGAAUUGUUCCACUAUCCAGAUUCAGAUGUUCUCUGCCAAAGCUGAUAAACAAUCUGGGACCUGUAAUAGUGUAGAUGACGAGAAUGAAUGGGAGAAACUACUCAAACCUUUUGAUAUCGAAGAACUCAGAAAUACGCUUUACGGGAUAACUCCACAUCAGCUUUGUAAAAUACUUAAACUCCCCCUCAGCGUGCCCAUAUCUCUGGAGAUAUAUGAAUGGGCAGGUAGGCAGAUCGGGUAUUCUCAUUCUUUUGAUGUAUACUAUCUGUUGAUUGAUAAGCUUGGUGCUGAGCGUGAGUUCAGUGCUAUAGAUAAGUUAUUAUGCAAAAUGAAGGAGGAAAAGAUAGCCUUUAGAGAGGAUUUAUUUAUUUUGAUUAUGAAGUGGUAUGGGAAAGCAAGUUUACCAGGGAAAGCAACACAGGUUCUCGAGGAAAUGGAUGAUCUUUUUGGCUGCAAACCCACUUUCAAAUCUUAUAAUGUAGUAUUGGAUAUCCUGGUAACUGGAAGCUGCCCUAAAACUGCUCAUACAGUGUUUCUUAAAAUGUUGAAGAGACGAGUUUCGCCGACUGUUUUCACCUUUUCCGUGGUCAUGAAAGCCCUUUGCUCGGUGAAUGAGGUGGAUGCCGCGUGUUCACUUCAUAGGAAAAUGAUCUUACAUGGUUGUGUGCCCGACUCAAUAAUUUAUCAGACUCUCAUUCAUGCCCUCUCCAAAGAUAAUAGGGUAGAUGAUGCCUAUAAUUUAUUGCAAGAGAUGAUUGUAAUGUACUGCACUCCUGAUGUUGAAACCUUCAAUGAUAUCGUGCAAGGUCUCUGCAGGUUCGGCCGGACAGAAAAAGCAACAGAUUUAGUCAACAAGAUGCUUCGCCGGGGAUUAGUUCCAGAUUCAGUUACUUUUGGGGUUUUGAUGCAUGGAUUAUGCAGAGAAGGGAAGGUUGAUGAUGCAAGAAAUAUCUUGGGGGAAUUACCUAAACCUAAACGUAAUGUUGUCAUGUAUAAUACCUUGCUUAAUGGGUAUGUGAGUAUAGGACGGUUCGAUGAAGCUAAAGCUGUUAUGUAUGAUGACAUGUUACCUGCUGGGCACACCCCGAAUCUGUUCACAUAUAACAUCCUAAUCCGUGGCCUAUGCAAGUCUGGAUCUUUGGGUUCAGCACAUGAGCUGCUGCAUGAAAUGGCAUUCAGGGGUUGCCAGCCGAAUAUAUUCACGUAUACAAUAUUGAUCGAUGGGUUUUGUAAGGAAGGUCGAUUGCCAGAAGCUGCUAGCCUUCUGGAGGAGAUUGCAGCUAAGGGAAUUCGUCUGAACACUGUUAUUCACAAUUGCCUUAUAUCCGCACUUACCAAAAAUGGAGAAGUUCAUGAAGCUAUGGAUAUAUUUGAGAAAAUGUCAAGUGAAGGAUGUAAGGCUGAUGUAUUUACAUUCAAUUCUCUUAUAUAUGGGUUGUGCAAGGCUGAUCGUAUGGAGGAGGCAUUAGGCUUUUAUCAUGAUAUGUUAUCAAAAGGCGUGAUAGCCAACACUGUGACUUACAAUACAUUGAUCCAUGCCUUACUUAGGACGGGGAAGCUGCAGUUAGCUGAGGAUGUUUUGCAUGACAUGGUUACAAGAGGGUGUUCCCUCGAUGUAAUCACAUAUAAUGCCUUAAUUAAAAAAUACGUGACAGAAGAAUCUGUUGACAAGGCUUGGGGAAUGUACAAUGGAAUGAUUGAAAAAGGUGUUGCUCCUAACAAUGUUUCCUUCAACAUGUUGGUUAAUGGCCUUUGUAGAACAGGUAGAGUAGAAGAGGCAUGUAAGCUUUUGACAGAUAACAUCGAGCAAGGUUUUGAACCAGACAUGGUUUCUUAUAAUAGCAUAAUAAAUGGUUUCUGCAAGGUGGGGCGUAUUCACGAGGCAAUGAAGUUACUAGAUAAGUUAAACCACGCUGGGGUGAGGCCCGACAUUAUUACUUAUAACACUAUUAUCAGUUGGUAUUGCAAAGCAAGAAUGCUUGACGACGCAUACUUACUUCUACAUAGAGGGGUGGAAAAUGGGCUUACACCUAAUUCCAGGACAUGGUAUAUACUUAUCUGCAACUUUAUUAAAGAGAUUGAUGAAUAAUAUAAAUAAACUUCAGCAGGAUUAACUGUGGGGACCAUUAUUGGUUGGCCUGUAAGUUGGAUCCUUAAAAGCCUUGGCUUCAGAGGGUUGAAAGGAUUCUGCAACUUCGGGAAUUGACUCGUACUGACGACACAUCUUGUGGAAAUAGAAAGUUUCAUCACUGAUGCCUACCAUCAAAUGACAAUUGCAAUUUAAAUAUGCUACAGUUGUGUGCGGAACGGCUGAAGUAUGUUAAAUAAACCGUGCUUCCUCAUUUCGAUGCAAGUCCUUCUAAAGCAAAUUUUCAUCGUUAGAAUCAUCAUUGAAAGAGAGCAAUAUGAUUGAUAGUGUUCUAAUUAUGUAUACACUCAUGUAUUCUGUGGUCGAAGAGGAGUGAUGAUGCACCAGCUGUACUAAACUGUUAUAUAUAAACUAGAGAUGAUGACGCCGAUGAAGGUUUUGUGGGUGCUAAUGUAGGAAGCUGGUGGAGAAGUAUCAACUGUGAACACAGGCAAGUUGCCUUACCUUUAAGUAAAGUCACUGUUUCGUAUUAUGUGGUAGAAACCUCCUAGCUUUUUUUCUGAAAACGAGAGCUUCCUUGAUAAAUCAAUAUAUUGAUAUAUGCAAAUCACUUGACGGUAUCUGAUUGCUCCAUCAGUGUUUAGUACCUGUGUCUAGUAACUUCCUAUUAUGCAAAUCUUAUUUGGUUGGCACUUUAAAAACGGGCCUUGUUGUUAUACGUGUUCUUCUGUCGUCUGUCAAUCAGUAAACCAAAUAAGCAAUAAUCUAUUACUUCCUCUUUUCUUCUGAUUUUGAUGUUCUCUUAUAUAAAGUUAUUAUUAGUUAGCAGUUAACAUCAAAGUAUUGUCCUUGUAGAUAUGUCUAUUACGGGGUUGUUGAAA